CAUUCACUGGGAGAAGGUGAAUCCAGCGUCUGGGGUACUCCUCCGUCUGUCUACUGGUGCUGGCAACCUGAUCGACCAUCAUCACCAACGCCCAUAAAGUAGCAAUAUUCAGGAAAUAAACCUCGCUGCUAGAACAAGAGCCGUCUUUUUCCGUUACCGUACCCGACUGGCUCUAUUGUUUCACUGCAGUGGUCGUGAUUUUGAAGAGAAGCCUGUUGUAUAACGUUAUCAGUUAUAGCUGUCUGAUGCAUAAGGGCAACUGUAUAAGUUAGCUGCUUUAUUACUGUGUAGCUAAGCUCUGUCUGAUUUGGACUGAUACGACGCUGACUUCGACUGUUUGGCUCCUGUUUAUAACGAAAAAUGGCAACCCAAAUCGAUAAAGAGGCUUGCAGAGAGGCUUACAACCAAGUCAGAGACGAUAACACGGACACCAAUUGGGCUGCGUUUAAAUAUGAAGGCACUAAGAUCAUGCCUGCAGGACAAGGGACUGACUAUGAGGACUUCAAGAGGAUGUGCACAGAUGAUGCUCGCCUGUUCGGUUUCGUCCGGAUCACAACAGGAGAUGACAUGAGCAAAAGGGCCAAAUUCACUCUCAUCACCUGGAUUGGUGACAACAUCACUGGGCUGCAGCGUGCCAAGAUCAGCACAGACAAGUCGCUGGUCAAAGAGAUCGUGCAGAACUUUGCCAAGGAGUUUAUGUUUAGUGACCAGAGGGAACUGGAUGCAGACAACAUUCGCAGAGAGCUGAAGAAGGCUGGUGGAGCCAAUUAUGAUGCUCAGGCCGAGUAGAGAAGUGCCACAGUCCACAGGAAGGGUUGGGGUUGGGGUUGGGGUUGAGGUUGGGGUUGGGAGGGUUGAGGGUGAUCAGGGUGGUGUGGUGGAAUAAGUGGGGGUGGCGGGGGUUGGGGCAGGGACACUACCUCUUGGGGAGAAGACAAGGUGGGAUGGAGAGGGUGCUUGGCGAAAGGGAAACGUACGCAUAAACAAAGCAGAGGUGCACCAAGAGCCAUUUUUAGAACCAGUGCAAAUCUUUGAAAUACUAAUCAAAUAAAGCCUAAAGAUGGCAUGGCUAAAAGCAAACUCUUUUUUUCACUGGUUUAACAACAUAUUAAUUUAGCCUUAAGAGCUCCAGAAUAAAUAAAAACACAUCAAUGUUAAUGUACUCACUGCGUGUAUUGGCGCAGCUCCCAGCAGAACAAAUGCUGUUGGUGCACCUAUAUAAAUGAUAACAUCUGCAUUAGGGCAUUUAUAUGCUUGAUUUUAACAAAAUGUAUUUGUGAGCUGCAUUGUUCACAUACUUGCUUGCAUCGGUUUGUGUAUGUGGAGGAUUAAAAAGUAUCUGGGGGCACAUCAGGGCCAAAUUGUCACCGCUCAAACUGAAGUAACUUCCUUGAGAUUUAGAAAACAUAAAUAUUUCCUAACAUGAUGACACCAAGAACGGUUUUGUGUUGUAAAAGAAUAUUUUGAGAAAUUUUGGCUUUUUCCCAGAGUUAGAUGAGAAGACCGAUACCACUUUCUCAUCUUUACAGUGAAUGUAUAGCUGUGAUUAGCAGCUUUUUAGCUUAGCUUAGUACAAAAAAAGGGGAUAAAACAGCUAGCCUGUCUCUGUCGAGAGUUAACAGUUUACCUACUGGCACCUUUUAAGCUCAAUCAACAUUUAUUUGUUGUAUAAAUAAUCCAUGUUAAAUCUGAAGUCUUAAGUGCUACGAAAGCAGCUGACAACCAGCAAAGACUCCGGGAAGUCAUUGCUAAGAUAAAGUCCUGCACGUAACCCAUCGUAAGAUGAUAGGUUGUAAUUGUUUUACAGGUUUUACAGGUUGGUUUUUGUACCAGUUAAACAAAAGAGAUACAAUGUUUUUAUUAAUGCAUUUUUGGCAGGUAUGUUCUUUGGUUCUCAUUUUUUGACCGACAGGCCAGCUUCUUUCUCCUUUUUUAGUCUUUGCACUGAGCUAAGCUAGCUGGCUGCUGAGUGUAGCUUCAUAUUGAACGCACAGACAUGAGAAUGGUAUCUACUUAAAAGACACAACAAGAUAGCAAAUAAGCACACUUUCCAAAAUGUCAAACUAUUUCUUUAUGGACUGGAUCUAAUCCAAAAAUUGGCAUGGACAGCAAACCUUGGUGUGAAUCUGUUACAAUAUUGUGGUGCUGCCCUUUUAAAGUCGGAGAUUCGAGUCAUCAAUCAGAGACCCCUCUGGCAACACAAAAUGCUUCAAGUCAAGCAGUAGUUUUCUUUUUGUUUGCGAGUCAGUAAGCUAUGCAGUGUACUUCUGGGGACCUUUUUAGUCUCCACAUUUUGCUGCAGAGUGCUCUUGAUUUUCAUGCUACUCUUUGGUUGAGGACAAAUGCGGCACAAAUGAGGAAGAGAGACGCUGUACCGUAAGGCUCGGAGAUAAUAUUCUCGCUUUGACUUGGAAGUGUUGAAUUUACAGCUCACAAAAACUUAGUACGAUACAGACUCUGGCUUUUUUUAUAUCCAGCAUUGGCAAAACAUUGUUGUUGCACACAGUCGAUCUGUUGUUAGCUUGUUUAGCACAUUAAAUGAAUGCUACUGUCACACUGGACGUCCCACUGUUUCCCUUUUAAACUUAACACGGGAAAAAAAAACAAUGGUCAAAUAUUUUUUUAAUGGCCUAAUCGGAUUUGACUGACACUAUUCAGAGUCGGGCACAGCCCUACAAUAUUGGGUGUCUGCAUACAAUGAAGUGUCCACACUGACAAACCUGUAUGUGUAGCAGUGAUUUCUGAGGAUACGCACAAACAACAAAAACACACAAUACGCAGAGUAGCCAUCUUGCACACACAAAUGCAUAGUUAAAAGCAAGUGUAUAAGCGCCCUUAAAGAUCACAACCUGCCUUCUCUCCUCCCCCAGCCUCUGCCCUCUCCCCAGUCAGCUCAUGGUUGGUUAUCUACUGUGCUGUGCGCCAACAUCUCACACUCAUCCUCAUCUCAGCUGGGCUACAGUUGAGCUAUAGGAAGUUACAUUGAGGCCUCAGCACUGAUUGCGCAGAAUAAUGUCAUGUAAUGAGGGUGGGAGAAACUAAGUGUUUUGCUUCAAAAUGGCACAUCAUGGAUCAAGGAAUGAGUUUGUCUUUAAGGGUUUUGAAAUGAACCUCUUUACUCGCAGGCAUGUGUUUGACACCAGAGCAUGCUCUUAGUCAUGAUACACUGUACCUCCAGGAGGAAAUGAUCUCCAUUUUCUAACAAUAUCCUUGGUGGUGGUUGGUGGCUUGCUUUGAGUAAUCCUGAGUCAUACUGCUAAGUACACAUUUAUCCACCUCUUCAUCUCCAGCCAGACAGCUGUGUUUGGAUUACAGCCUCAAGUGAACCAUUAAAUCUUGUCCAGAGACAGACAGCAACUCAUCCUUCUGUCUUUAUACUUGUGCUCUUUGCUGUGCAUCCCUUUUAUCAUUCGUCUGAAUGUUUCUCUCUAUAAGUAUGAGCUUAUUUUGAUGUAUUUUUUACUUUCUCCUUGAAGUUUUUGUCAGACAUGAUCAAUGUUGGCAGUUUCCAGAGCUGUGGUAGGAUUUGUA